AUGACACGUGCAACUCGGCAAAAAGAAAAGGAGGAGGAACAUGCCGGACGACGCGCGACAAGGAGGCUGUCUCUUCAGACCGAUCGGGAGGGUGGUGGCGGAUCUAAAGCUACUAAUGCGUCCGCCGCGCGUGGCAGUCAACAGAAAAACGUGGCGGGAAAAAAGGCCGCGCUUGGACAGGAGAGGUCCGGGAAGAAGGCGGAAGACAAGGGGAAGCAACCAACGCCACGCAAGCGUAUUUCUACCAUGAAAAAAGAUGCGGAUGUUGCCUCUGGUGGAACCGAGCCCGGCCCGACUAACGACGGCACCAUCGGCGGCAAAGAAAAUCCGGGGCGAGGGAGUGUGAGUCUUGCAGUCCCGUCGGCGGAGAGAGAGGGCUCGACGACAGGGGGAAACCACGGCGACGCUCCCCGCGCCGAGCAUGCCGCAACCCAGGAGUCCGAGGCGGAGGCAUCGCAACACCAUCUGACGCUGCUCCAGCCGACCGUGGUCGAAGUUUCUGCUGCCGUGGUAGAUAAGCACAAGGCGGGGGAGCACGAUUCUAUGGAGGAUCCUAAAUACGGCAUCGCCGAGGUCCGUGGCUCUCCUCCUUCUGGUGAACGUGGGAGGCGUAGGCAGAGGAAGAGCGAUGGGGAGGAAGAGUAUGACACCGCCGUGGCCGGGGACAUCACUACGCGGGCGAAGAGGCGGCAGACGACAGGCAGUGCUGACGACGCCGGUGGAGAGGAGGAUGAAGAGGAUGCGGAAGAGGAGGACGCGGAUGUUGGGGAGGAGGAAAAAGAUGAGAAUGAUGAUGAGGAGGACGAAGAGGAGGAGGAGGACGAGGAGGACGAGGAGGGGGGCGACGAGGAUGAGGAGGAUGAGGAGGAGGAGGAGGAGGAGGAGGAGGAGGAGGAGGAGGAGGAGGAGGAGAAGGAGGAGGAGGAGGAGGAGGAGGAGGGGGGCGACGAGGAUGAGGAGGAUGAGGAGGAGGAGGAGGAGGAGGAGGAGGAGGAGGAGGAGGAGGAGGAGGAGGAGGAGGAGGAGGAGGAGGACGAGGAGGAGGAGGAGGAGGAUGAGGAGGAAGGGGCGGAAGAGGAAGAGGAGGAGGAUGUGGUGGCAGCAUUGGGUCACCGGUAA